AUGGGGUCUGGGCCUCCCCCUCCCAAGCUCAUCCACCUUCCCUCCCCCGUCCCCCAGCUCGUCAGUGAGAAGGUGGGAGGCGCCGAGGGCACCAAGCUGGACGAUGACUUCAAGGAAAUGGAGAAGAAGGUGGACGUCACCAGCAAGGCGGUGAUGGAAGUGCUGGCUAGGACCAUCGAGUACCUGCAGCCUAACCCAGCUUCACGGGCCAAGCUGACCAUGCUCAACACGGUGUCCAAGAUCCGCGGCCAGGUGAAGAACCCUGGCUACCCGCAGUCGGAGGGGCUUCUGGGCGAGUGCAUGAUCCGCCACGGCAAGGAGCUGGGCGAGUCCAACUUCGGGGACGCCCUGAUGCGGGAAGCCUCCUCCCGCCCCAAGCGGGAGUUCAAGCCCAAGCCCCGGGAGCCCUUCGACCUCGGCGAGCCUGAGCAGUCCAAUGGGGGCUUCCCCUGCGCCACAGCCCCCAAGAUCUCAG